CCCAUAUCCGCCGCCGCUCCUGCCCCACGCUGCUCCGCCCAGGCCGAGCGCCGGCCCCUCUUUUCGUGGGUUUGCCCAGCAUCUUUGGCCGCUCGGAGCGAUGCCUGGCUCGCCCGUGGCGGCGGCAGCCGAGGAGCCGCCAGAGGCGCUGCCGCCGAGGGAGCGGGCGGACUUCCAGGCGCCGCCCCCGGCCGCGCCGGUGUGGUGGUGGCGCAACGCCUUCGCGCUGUGUGGAGACGGCGAGGAGCACGCGUACGAGGGCGUGGCCCAGCUGCUCGACACGCGCGAGGUGACCUCGCUGCGGCAGGCCGCAGACGUGCUCAACGGGGGCGGCCGCGCCGAGUGCCAGGAGGACUUCUGCGUGGCCCGCGACGCCGAGGACCAGGAGUACUUCGUGCUGCACCGCUUCGGGAGGAGGAGGAGUGCCCUGGAGCGCUUCGGGAUCCAGGACCCGGGGCCGCCGCCUACCCGGAGCGCGGCGCAGAGUGCAGGGGCGGCGGAGGUGCUGGUGCGCCACGGCAUCCAGAAUCGAGCGUCGAGAUCAGGCUGGUGGUGCCCAGGCGCUCCAGGUUCCGGCACCUGAAGCUGGCCCUCGCGAGGCAUCUCGACAACGAUGAGAUCCUUCGGAGGGGGUUCUUCGUCCAGAAGGUCGGUACGUACACGAACCACAGGGAUGACAGCCUGGUCGGCGACAUCAAAGAGGUGCUCGUUGCGGGCAUCAGCAUCGGCGAUGCUGGCGGCGAGCGUCCCGCCACUGUGCUGGAAGACGGAGAAGUCACCAGCGAUGACGAGGCAGCAGAGGCCAACCCCAGAGGACCCAGCUGGGUUGCGAAGUUGGAAGAGAAGCUGGCCCAAGUGGAGGAGAGACAGGUGAAGGCGACUGGCUCCAAGCUGACCUACAAGGACGCGAUAUCCAUCAACCAGGAGCUGCUGGAGGGCUUCCGGGACGAGACCUUCCAGCAGCAGCUGCGGGCCCUGGGCGAGGCGAGCUGUGGCAGGGCGGAGUUCCUCCGCAAGCGCCAGGAGCUGUUCCUCUUCGUGCAGCGCAAGGUGCUGCCCAGGUACGGCUUCGAGGGCUCCCAGACAGGCGUCCUGAAGAUGAUUGGCGAGAUGAGACCGUACGUCGACAUCCCGCAGUUCGCAAAGCUUCGCCAAGAGAUCUACGGGCUGCUCGGCCUAGAUAUGCCAGAGAGGAGCGCGAAGGACUUUUCGAAGGACUGCGCGGAGCUGGCCGUGGCGGACGCUCAGCUCGCGGCUGGGGUGACAAAGAGCUACAUCGCUAGCCGCAUUUCGUGA